AUGGCUAGUGAUGAUGAGACGGUUUGUCAAAUUAUGUCAAAAGUUAAAAUUAAUGAAGAGGAUGAAGAUUCUGGAGACAAUUCUUCAUCGGAAAACAGUAGUGAAACUAGUGAAGAUUCCGUUGAAAUUGAAGUACCUUUUAAAGUUGGUAUGUGGGAUUUGAAGCAGUGUGAUCCAAAACGAUGUACUGGAAGAAAAUUAAUGAGACUAGAACUGAUUGACAAACUUGGGAUGUCUGCUAUGUUUAAUGGUAUCGUUCUAACACCUGUUGCUACUGAAAGUGUUUCAGCUAUGGACAAUCAAAUUAUUGCUAAAUAUGGUGUGGCUGUAGUGGAUUGUUCUUGGGCACGACUUAAUGACACUCCAUUCCACAAGUUGCAGCAUAGAAAAGCAAAAAAAAACUUGCGAUUGUUGCCAUAUCUUGUUGCUGCUAAUCCAGUCAACUAUGGACACCCUAGUAAACUAUCUUGUGUAGAAGCUUUAGCUGCUGCCAUGUACAUUGCUGGUUUCAAGGAAAUUGGCGAUUUGUACAUGUCCAAAUUUAAUUGGGGUCCAACAUUUAUACGCCUCAAUCAAGAAUUAUUAGAUGGCUAUGCUAACUGUAAAGAUGGGAAAGAAAUUGUUGCUUUUCAAAAUCAAUACUUAGACCAACUAGAUAAUGAUUACAAUCAUGAGAGUAGCAGCACAGAAUCAAGCAGUGAGUCUAGCGAGGAUGAUGUAGAAACAACUGUAAGAAAUCGAUAG